GUAUUUAGAAACUGACUGACUUUUGUUCAGUGUCCUCAUACACACUGGGCUGGUAAAAAGCUGUAGUGUUCCCAUUCAGGAACUCAGUAGAGAUGGCACUAACAAUACAGAACAGUGUAUUACAGGUACAUUAAAAACUGGGGAAAUGUUGUUGAGUAAGAAUAAGAAAGCCCUUGGUGGAGCACAUAGCUCAACCAAUAACAAUAGAAAAUCUAAAUAGAAAAUCUGCAACGUGGUCUGGAUCUACAUCAAUCAUCCUGAUUAUUUUCAUUCAACUAAGUGCAGUAAAAUGUUCAAAGACACCCUAUAUAGAAAUAUAUAAAAAAGAAAUCCAGUUUCCCCAACUGGAUCUGGAUCUACACCAAAAAUGAAUCGCUUGUUGUUUGACAAAAUAAUCUUAGCUCAAGGUCCACUUGUUAGCUUUUUGUAGAGCUUUAAAUUUCAGUCUUUAUCAGUGGAUUGGACUUUUUUCAAUUGAAUGAACACCAGAAACAGACAACUUCAGCUGACUAUGAACAUGUGGAACAGGUGGUUGUGUAUGUGGGGGGGCCUUGAUCUUUCUGCGGCCGUCUACUGACAUUCCUAGUAGAUGCUCAUACCAGUUUUGAUCCAUUGUUCACAGACAGCAGAUGUUGUCUGUUUCCGGUCUUCAUUCAGUCUCAUUGACAACUGAGCAAAUUACAUCUGCUGAUGAAGGCUGUGAGAUACGAUCUAUUUUUGUUGUUCACCUAUCUUUGUUCAGCCUUGUUGUACUUGUUUGUAUGUCGAUUUCUAUCUAUCUUCCUGAAAAUUGUUCUUGGAACUGGGUGUAAGUACAGUGAGAGCAAAUUAGUCAAAUUCCUUGUAUGUGUACACAUACUUGGCCAAUAAAAGCUGAUUCUGAUUCUGAAAACUGUAGAAAAAGCUAGUAAAUGGACACUGAAUGGAGAUAAUUUUGUCAAACUUCUACUUCUGAGUUCCUUAACUCUGCAGCUAAUUUCAAUGAAAUAGUUACAAGUUUUUAAGAUCCCACUAACUAACAGAUGAAUAAACAGGUCCAAAAAUAUAACCUCCUUGAAGGAAUCAUGUAGAAAAAAUAAUGCAAUGCAAAGGAGAAAAUGCAGGUUUUACUAUACUAAACACCAGCAAGAGUGUGUCCUUGUGUGUGAAUUAUCUGCUGUCUCUUCUCCUCUUUGUCACUAGCUUCCUGUGUGACUGGAUGAUCUCCUGAUGGAACCUCCUUCAUAUGAGGAGGCCAGUCUCCACCCUCCUGUUCUGGGCACACAAGAGCUCAACACCCCCCCUCCCCCAUCCUACGACGCCUACCUCCACUCUCCCUCAACACCUCCCCCAACCUAUGGAGAAGCAGUUACAAUCCAACCAGAUCAUUUUCCUGUCCUGACUCCACCCAGGGUGCCAACUGCUGUGACGUCACCUUCAGAAAACACUGGAGUCAUAUUCCAUCCAGUUACACAAAUUGGUGUAACACCGUCUGUCAGCAGCAGACAAACUCAGACAGUCGUAGUCGUGACCCAGCCGCAGCCUGUUCCUAUCUCAGUGACAUGUCUGGGAGACAUCCCCGGUGUAGUGUGCUGCCCGCACUGCCACCACGUUGUCACCACUAAAGUCACAUACCUGCCUGGGGGGGCUGCCUGGUGCAUGUGUGUACUUCUCACCAUGUUGGGGUUGGUCUGUGGUUUCUGUCUGAUUCCGUUCAUGGUACGUGGCCUACAAGAUGCACAUCAUUCCUGCCCACAGUGUGGAAACCAUCUGCACACACACAGAAGAUGACACUGUCAGGAUUAAUAAGGCUCCUCUUGUCCUAUUUUUGUCAUGAUAAAUAAACUGUUUAUCAUAAGCUAGGAAAGUAAAUAGCUCGCUGCCCAAGCUACACAGGGAAGCAAGAGUGUAUUUAAGGUAUGAUAAGUGUGUGAUCUAAAGUUUACACAGUAAAUACUGAACAUAGAGAUGGACAGAGGAGUGGCUUAUGCUGCAGGAGCUGUUUGAGAUGUUUCCACUGACGUUUUCAUACAAUUUUUUCACUAUAAAAAGUUGUCGCAGUUGGACUCUUCGGAACUCACCACUGCUUUUCACUAUGCAGGACAAAAUUCCCAUCUUUUUACAGCUACAGUACAAGGGGUGAUUUGAUUUUAAAUUUGUAAUGUGAUCUUUGUCAUCAUAUUCCAGAUGAGAUGGUUGAGAAACACAUUUUGAACAUUUUAAGGCAUUCUUCACAAGCAGACAAGCGUUUCUAAUACAUAGAAGAAAACUAUGCAAAAACACAUUUGACUUUUUGUAAGAAUGUAUGGGGGGGGGGUUAACUAAAAUUAAUGAGCAGGAAGAGAAUUCGUCCCUGCAUGAGCAUACGGCACCAUUUUAUGCGUGCAGGAUGCUUUACAUUAAUGACUGCAGACGAAAGACUAAACAGUGGGGAACAGAGGACAUUUAUGAUGAACAUUACGAUGUCCAGGACUUAAUUUAUUUGUUUGUCAUUAAUUGGACAAUUGUAUUUUUUAUAUUUAAAUACUAAAAGAACUAAAUCUUUGUUAUUUCUCUUUUUUUCUAAUGCAGAUACCACUAACAUUAAUUUAAACUUUAAUGAUGAAGGGGGCAACUUGUCCAGGCUUGAAUGCCAGACAUGAUUUUCUUUGUUAAAGGCCCAGAACACAUCCAAGGUAAACCCACACAAGUGAUUUUAAUCAUUUUGGCUGAUUAGACCUUUUCUCCGGGCUGUGUGGGGGUGUACAGACCGAUCUACUGACUUCUCCCUCACUCUCCGCUUUGUUGCUCCUGUUAUGGCAGUAAAUACUGUAUAACACCUUUAUCAUUUUUAUUAUACAUGGAAGUUAGGUGGCCUGAUGUAACACACCUGUGUGGGUGUGCAGUGCCGUUAAGGAGGAUUCUGCUACUACUCAAAUUGAUUGACAGAACUUUUAAUACAAAGAGGUACAUAAGACAAUAACUAAAUUUAAAAGAAUAAUGUUUUUGGUUGUUUCCUUAUACUGGAGUUAAACAGGUUUAUAGUUUGAAUUAUGUUCAUCUGUUGAGAAACACAAAAUUGUGAUUUGCAAUCUAUGAUUCAAACACUUCAAUUGUGUAUACUGUGCCUCAAACCUAUAUAUUAUUAACUGCUGCCUUAGCAACCAGUGGAGGCUUUAUUCCAGGAUAGUUACCCUAACUGAUAGCCUUGUCACACCAGAUACAUAGCCUAUAAGCUAAAUUAGCCACUUUUUUGUAGUGCUUUGUUAACAGGUGAAAGCAGCUACCAACAAACAGUGUUGAGCUUCUUUUAAAUUAGCUGAAUUGAUUGUAUUAGUGUAAAUAUUGGAUUUUAUUUAGAUGUAAAAAAAAAAAUGUGUUUGGUGACACGUGUAGUUCUUUUCGCCAAGUGCGACAUAUUGUUGAUCACAGAAAUCCCCAAUAUCUUGGUUGACAACUGGUCAUUGUCGAAUGAAAGAAAUCCCCAAUUUCUACUGACUGGGAAUUACAACUCUGAUGCUGAGGUGAACGUUUUUUUCUGCCUCGACUGCUUGUAAUUACAGUCUGAACAAUAUGAUGUGACUGUGGCAAUAAACCCCCUGUUUUUACGCAAGA